AUGUCCACUCUCAGUGACUCUGGGUUUGAGGAGGACCUCCUCAGCCCUUCUCCAUGUCUCCAGCACCUGACACGACCAUGGGCAGGAAGCUCAAGCCACAGACUGACAGCUGACUGCCUUCACAGCGACUACGACCAGAGCUGCUUCCUAAUUCAGAGGAACAACGAGGAGGACUUUCUUGCCCUGGAGUGCCUGGCUCGUCAGCCUCAGAUAACAGCCGAGGCACGCUGUAAACUGGUGAGCUGGCUCCUAGCCGUUUAUAAGCACUUCAGGCUGUCGUUCGAGUCCUGCUGCUUGGCCGUGAACAUCAUGGACCGCUUUUUGGCCACGACGUCAGUGGCAGCAGACUGCUUCCAGUUACUCGGCGUGACGUCUUUACUGAUCGCAACCAAACACGUUGAAGUUUGCUCGCCGCGCAUUAAGCAGCUGCUUUCACUCUGCUGUGACGCUUUCUCCAGAGAGCAGCUCUGCAACCUCGAGUGCCUCGUUCUCCUCAGACUGAACUUCCGCUUGGCUGCGCCGACUCUCGCUUUCUUCCUCGACUACUUCAUCAGUCUCGAGUUAUCCAGAUAUGCGAUUGGAACGGAGGAAAAAAUCCCAGACGAAGGCGGCAGCUGCAGGAGCUGGAAAGCCACUGAAGAGCAGCUCCUCGAUGUGAAGAGGUAUAAAUGUUUAGCCGGCAAAGUGUGUGAGCUUAGUCUGGCAGACUACGCUUUCAACAAGUACCGGCCGUCUGUGAUGGUACAGAGUGCUCUGAAUCUGGCGAAGGACCUGUUAAGGACGCAAUUAAAGGAGGCCCCAGUCAAGCACAUGUUAGACUUUCUCUGUGUUGUAGAUUACGACUCUGAGGGUCUGGACAAUCAUACUUUAAUCCAGCAGUGCACACAAGAGCUUAAAUUAUUGGUGUCUCUCAAUCAAGAGUCAAUUCAGGACUUAAUAACACUCUGAACCGGUGCAAAUAAUCUGCGCUGUCAUCUUCAGGACAUUUUUUGUUUACUUAAUUUUUUUUUUUUUUAUUAACUAUGAAGGAUAAGGCCUGUCAUAAUUCUGACAUUUUGGUUCAUGAUUAAUUUCCAUACGAAAAUGCAAAUAACUGUAUUUCCUGUUGAUGCAUGUUGAUUUAUGACGUUUUUCUAUUAUAUAAUUAUGCACAAACACCUUUUGUAGACAUAGUAGACAAAUAAUAACUUAAUUAUACGGCCCCCAACGAAAGUGUUAGAGCAGUGAGGCCUGUUCUGUUGUUUUCGCUAUACGUUGAAGGUAUACGUUGGGUUUGAGAUCAAAAGAUGAAUGCGAGACGGCAGAUCAGAAUUUCAGCUUUCAUUUCCUCAUGUUUACAUCGAAACUACUUGGAACAUGGCACCAUUUGUUUGAACCCACCCAUUUUUUCCCCAAGCGAUCACAAAUACUGGAACACGUGACUGAAAGGUGUUUCUUGUUGCCCAGGUGUGCCCUAUUCAAUUGAUUGUUUAAAGAAUUAAUAGCUCUGAAUGUCUACUCUUGGUUUGAGCCCUAACGUUUCACCUGUGAAGACUGCGUUUGUUGUUAAAAAGGAUAAACCAACAUGUAGAUCAGAGAGCUGCCUAUCGGAGAAAAGCAAGUCAUUUCAAUGCAGAGAAAAGAGGGUAGAAUCUAUCAGAGCCAUUGCACAACUAUUGGGCAUAGUCAAUACAACAAUCUGGAAUGUCCUGGAAAAAGAAAGAAACCACUGGUGACCAAAACAUUGUGCAAUCUGUGAAGAAAAAACCCUAACCCUAAAACAACAGUUAGUGGACAUCAAUAACAGCCUCCAGAGGGCAGAGGUGAAGGUAUCACAAUCCACCACUUGAAGAAGACUUCGAGAGCAGAAAUCUAGAGGCCACACCACAAGAUACAAACCACUCAUCAGCAGUAAGAAUUGGAAAGGAAGAUUGGAAUUCGCAAAGAAAUACCGAGAUGAGCCAGAGAAAUUUUGGAACCAAGAUGAACCUCUGUGUGCAGAAAGUGUGGAGAGAGGAAGGAUCUGCUCAUGAUCCAAAACAAAGAAGCUUAUCAGUCAAGCAUGGCGGAGGUAGCGUCAUGGCUUGGGCUCGCAUGGCUGCUUCUGGAACAGCCUCCCUAAUCUUUAUUGAUGAUAGAACUCAUGAUUUAGCAGGAGAAUUAAUUCAGAAGUUUACAGGAAUAUUCUGUCUGAUAAUUUACAGAGAAAUGCAUCCAGUCUAAUUGGAAGGAACUUCAUCAUGCAGCAAGACAACGAUCCAAAACACACUGCUGACUCAACAAAGGACUUCAUCAGGGGGGGAAAAGUGGAAGGUUUUAGACUGGCCAAGUCAAUCACCAAACCUAACCCCAAUUGAGCAGCAUUUCACCUCCUGAAGAGGAAACUGAAGGGAGAACCCCCCCGAAACAAACAACAACUGAAAGAAUCUGCAGUACAAGCCUGGAAAAGCAUCAGAAUGCAACAUUUUGGUGAUGGAAGUGUGUCACUGGUUUGAUGCGGUUAUUGCAAGCAAGGCAUAUGCAACCGAAUAUGAAGUUUUAUUGACUUUAAUUUACUUCAAGACUUAUAUGUUCCUAUACUUUUGCUCACCUAAAAUCGGGUGGUCUGCCACCAACGGUGCCGUAUUUUAAGCUGAUAUUCGCAUCUAGAUGCAAAUAUCAGGCAAUGAAACCUGAAAUUCGGAUCUGUCAUCUCAUCCUCAUCAAUUGAUCUCAAACCCAAAUGUAUAGCGAAAACAACAGAAUUGGCCUUGCUGUUCCGAUAAUUUCAGAGGGGACUGUAUAAAGCCUAUUACUGAUAUAUGUAUAUAUCUAUAUAUCGCAGUUUCUGAAUAAUAAACAAUAUAUGAUGUAAGAGGAGAAACCACUAUAUAAAUGAAUGUACUGUGGCGAAAACAGGACACAGUUGAAUCUCCAACCUCACUAAAUGUGCCUGUACUAGACAAAAGCCUUUGACUAAUAAUAAUAAUGCAGUGAUUUGAUUACAUCACUGAACCUUGUGUGUGUGAUUAAGCAAUUGUGGUGAAAAAAAUUCCUAUGAAGAAUUAAUAAUAGUAAAUAUGUCAAUCAAAGAAUCAAAUCAAAGAACCUGACCCAUCAUCCCAUACUGCUAUAUUAAUCACGUGCUACUUUCAUUGUGGUGCCACCCGGAUGUUCUUCUUCUUCUAUAGUUUACAGCGUGUUCUGGCGAGAAUGUAUGUAGGAUGAUCGUAUGAUAGAUUGUGCAAAUAUCCGUUCAUCCAGCCCACACUGAACGGCCCAAAAAUAAGGCAUGUAUUUCUGAUUAUACAGCCGACAUCGAAUUAUUUUAUGGAAGCACUUUAUUACGUAAACAUGAUAAGGGUUUAAAGCUGUGUAAUACAGGUCUGCAUUAUUCAUAAAUUAUGAAUAAUGUAUAAAUGAUGAUGAAUUCCCAGCCCUUAGGGAGGAGAUCCAUAAGGAGAAAGACAUAAGCAACGAAAAAGAGAGUAAAAGUUCACCGAUACACACGAGUAGAGAAUAUUCCAGUGUACACCGAUCAGCCAUAACAUUAAAACCACCGUUGAUGUCUGAUUUGAAUCCGAAUGAUUUACAAGUGAAGCAGAACUUAGUUCAAGCAUACAGUGUUGCAGCUGAGGGUUAAAGGCUUUUGCUCAAGGGACCUACAGUGGUUCUAUAGACCUGGGGUUUGAACAUUCAGGUCACAGAGCAUUAACCAGUGUAACGUAGCAACUCAAAUGACUUUAUUUGGGCGUCCGUGAUUAGCUGUUCAACUGUUCGGUUCAGGAAAUGCGUGCCCAGAUGACUUAACGGCAAAUUGUUUGAGUUCAACGUCAAAUCGUUUUAAGCUGCGGUUCACACGUCGGUCAUACGGCGUCUCGGAUUUGGAAAACAGCGCAGGGGAAUUACCAGCAUGACGCAAAAGCCAGUCUCGAAUCUAGCCAAUCAAGUAGCGACAAAGAGACAACAAAGUAAUAUUUACUGACUUUUCCAUUCAUUUAUGGUGCAUGCUAACAGAUGGUGUUUCAUGUUCCUUAACCCCUCUGUGAAAUUGCACUGAAAGCAGAUGUCUGAUGAACUCACGACAACUGGGACUCGAUCAAAAAUACAUUUCGCGGAGGUACGCCUCUGACCACUGUUGUCAAUGCUGUUAUUGUACUUAUUAUGAUCAUGUGACGCUGCGCCUGUGGAAACAGGAAGGUGAGCUCGGUUGAGUGAAAACAAUGUGAAAUAUUCCUUUUAUUUGCUGGAUAAUCCGUCCUGCUGUGCGUUUACUGAUUGCCGUUCCUUAGAAAAUGCUUUCCAUACACAUGGCCGUCAGAAGUAUUUUUCUUCUCGCUUAAACAGCCACUGAGAACUUAGAAUACCACUUCGCUAGGAGAUUAAGACCAGACUAAACUAUCUUAUAGUAAAAUUGGGCGGUGUAAUAGUUUGCAUCUGUUUUGUGCACAAUGUAAUCAGUUUAGUAAAUGAUAGCGCUGGGCAGGGAACUGUUACAAAUUGUAUUUCCAUUGGCCUAUUGUGACCUUGGUAUAGCAUAGACGUCAGUGAUAAGAUUCUGUCUGCCAUUUAAUCUUAACCCAGAGAGAACCUUAUACUCAGGUCUACUAUACUAAGGUCACAGUAUGUUGAGUAUCAUUUACUUUUUCAGUGUUAUUUGUUGAAAUAGUUCAUCUUAGGAGCAGGUUUACUUGGAAAUGUGUUUUUGUGUUUUUCAGAUACUUUGCUUAAAUGCUAAAUAAAUGAAAUGUUUGGUA